AUGGAGAACCACACGCAGACCAGGACGACCCUAUGCCGCCUUCCUGUCGAGAUCAAACAAGCCAUUGCUUCCGCUGUCGUCAGCUCGACACUGCCACCCCAAUCGCCGCCUCCACCUGACGGGCUGCGUGACCUGGCCGCGCUGGCCGUAACUUCUCGCCUAUGGUACGCAGUCGCAAACCCGUUGCUUCACAUUACAGCUCUGGCCCUCGAUCUGUUGGGCACUCACCCGAGAGACCACCUAGAAACCGUCGCUUACAAACAUGGCGCUGUUCGGCUGGCCAACCUGAUCAACUUCUAUGGAGAAUUUACUUCUCAAAACCAAACCGCAUCCAGGCGUGAGUCGCUUCUCCUAUGGGCCAUUUCCUCUCGACGCCAUGACCUCGUACGUCGGUUACUACUACACGUUCCAGAACCGCUACUUGCCGUUAUUUUCGACUCACGUCUUAGCGUUUCCUGGGAAUGCACUUCAGGUACCCAUUACCCAGACCCAAAGACUGCGCGACAUGUCCAGUAUUAUGCGACUCCUCUCCACGCCGCCGCUCGUGUGGGCGACGACGAACUGGUCGAGUCGAUGCUCCGCCGCGGUGUCAACGUCGACGCCGAAGCAUGCCUGCCCUGUCUAUGCCCUUCUCCACAUUCUCGUAUCUUGAACGACUCUGACCCUUUCGAGGAAGUCCUCGCUACUCCUCUGCACCUUGCGCUGGCCCACGGCAAGACGUCGACGGCCAAGUUACUCAUGGUCCAUGGAGCACUCUGGGAUCGGCCGGGAUUUGUCACAGGUCCUUCCGGCGGCGUAACGAGUCUGCACAUUAUGGCGGCGAACGGUGCCACUCAACUGAUUAACUGGGUGGCCAACUCGCCCCGCCAUGUUCUGUGCAGGAACGGCUCACUGCACGACUGGCCGGAUGCCAACGGCUUCUCGAGUUUGCACUAUGCGUGCUUAGCAUCCAGCAAAAUGAGUGAAGAAGAGGGAACUGGCCGACAGAGUGCCCGCAAGCAGGCGUGGCGACUUGUAUUGGCUCUGGGCCGCCUAGGCGCAAUACUAGACACGCGAAACGAACAAAGCGCACAACGGCGACUCGAAACCGAGAAACGGCGCCUGGGAAGCGCUGUUCAGAACUGGUAUGAGACAAACAAUUCAGAGUCUGCGUGGUUAUACCGAAUCUGUCACUGGCACAGGGACAUGCGUUAUUUCGAAUUCUCCCGUGAUGAACCAAUCGCAUUUGCAGAGUCGCGUGGCAACUGGCUUCUGAGCCGGGCGCUACGGUCCCUGGCUUUGACCCCAGGAAGGUAG